GACACAUUUUUCUCGAUCAAUCACUUCUGUCGCUGUAAAAAUCAUUUGCUAGCAUAAACUUUUGGAAAAGUUGUUCAAUAAACGUAUGGACCAAUGCAAUUUAGAUAAAUUUGUUACAGUUGAUGAUUAUUCGUAAAAUUACAGUACCGGCAGAUUUAUCUGCAUGUUUGAUAUGUAAAGCAUACCUGAGGGUAUGUCACGUGACUCAUGCAGGUCAAAUUCGUUGAGAUCAAGUCCUUCAGUCAAGCGCGCGUCUGCAGAAUUUGUUUUUACUGUCGCACCAAGUUUAGGCGGAAGAGGUUAUAAGCAACGAUAAUGUAAAUAUCACUUGGUGUUUUUGAAGAAAUUUUAGUUCAAAUUUUUUUAAAAUUUAAGAUGGAUGGAAAUAUGCAAAUAGAUCCUGACCCAGAAGAUGACAAACGUGUUAGCCAAUUUAUCUUCUCCACGCCAACUAGCCCUGAAAAAAUAUCGAAUACAGGAUCAUUUUCCAAUAAUGUUUUUACGGGAUCAUCAAAAUCCACUGAAUCUUCUGGGUUUACAUUUGCGAAACCUGAUACAGUGGAAACAUCGGUUUUUAAUUUUUCUAAGCCCACUGUUUUUAGUAAUUCAGACAAUAAUGACACUUCCAUGUUUAGUAAACCUUCAAAUGAAGUCUCUCCAUUUGCAAAACAAGCUGUAAAUGAAAAUUCAUCUUUUACGAAUCCAUUCACAAAUACAGCUACGUCUUAUGCAAGAACUGUUGCAAGUGAAUCAUCUUUUGGGAAAUCUUUUGGAAGUAAUGCUUCUCCUUUUGCUAAAUCAAUUACAAGUGAGACUUCCGAUGUUACAAAACCAGCUACUAGUGAACCUUCUUUUGGGAAGUCAUCUGCAGAAUAUAACACACCAUUUGCAAAACCAUCCAUGAAUGAAGAUUCGCCAUUUGCAAAACCAUCUAUAAAAGAAGCUUCACCAUUUGUAAAACCAUCUAUGAAUGAAACUUCACCUUUUGCAAAACCAUCUACAAAUGAAACUUCACCAUUUGCAAAAUCGACAAUGAAUGAAGCUACACCUUUCGCAAAACCAAACAUGAAUGAAGCCUCAUUUUUUGCGAAACCAUCAAUGAAUAAAAAUUCACCAUUUGUAAAACCAACCAUGAAUGAAGCUUCACUUUUUGCAGAACCAAACAUGAAUGAAGCCUCACCUUUUGCGAAACCAUCAAUGAAUGAAAAUUCACCUUUUGCAAAACCAAACACGAAUGAAGAUUCACCUUUUGCAAAAUCAUCAAUGACUGAAAAUUCACCAUUUGUAAAACCAACCAUGAAUGAAGCUUCACCUUUUGCAAAACCAUCUAUAAAUGAAGAUUCACCUUUUGCAAAACCAUCUAUUAGUGAAUCUUUGCCUUUUUCUAAAUCAUCUCCAAGUACCAAGCCAAUUUUUGGAAAAUCAACUGCAGAUGAAACUUCUGUCUUUAGAAAAUCUUCAACAAGUGAAAUUUCUCCAUUUCUUAAACCCAGUUCAAAUGAAGCACCUUAUUUUACAAAAUCCUUUGGCAAUGAAGAUUCUGCAAUAAAAGAAACUGGAAAAACCCCAAUUCAUGCUCGUUUAUCCAAAAGAAGUGUAUAUCCAGAUGAGCCAAUUGUGAUAACAGAUGAUGAUACAAGUAGUUCAGAGACUACAUCAGAAAAAAGUCUUAAAAGAUCAAGUUUAAGAUCUAGAAGAACAUCUCGUUCAGAUCUUAAUGCUUCUGAUAUCAAAAGAACUUCAGCUUUUACACAGUUACAGAAAAAUUCUAGAAAAACAAGUGACAUUAAACUCGAUCUUGCUAAUUCAAUUACCUGUUCAGAUGUUCCAGAGUCUCUUCUUGUAAAGACUGUAGCAAAAGAGUAUUUUGAACAAUUUGGAAAUAUUUUGAAACUAACAAUUCGUCCACGAAGAAAAAUAAUUGUUGUUUACUUUUCUUCCAAAGUGACUGCGACCAAAGCAUUUGUAAAAUCAGGGAAUUUUCUAAACCAUGAAUUCAAAGUUGAAUGGACUAAACCAGAUUCAUUAUCUUCUAAACCUAAAAAAGUAGAAUCUUUAAAAAAGAGGAUUACUAGCUUCUUAAAUAUUGAUGAUGAUGUAAAAGAAGAAUUAGAAGCCUUGAAAGGGUUGGAAUAUAACAUGCCUGAACCAUCUUCACAUAUAAAAACAUCAAUAGCCAAAGCCAGAGUAAAAAAAGCUAUGGUGGUUGCCAAUAGAGAAGUUCCUAAGCGAUCAGGGUUAAUUUCAAAAUCAUCAUUGCUCAAACCUUCCAGACCAUUACUUAAAGAAAAAUCUAUUCCAAAGCCUUUGCCAAAAGCACAAGCUCCAGUUGAAGAAUCAAAACUAAAGUUUGUUACAUCAUUAUCUAUAGAUGAGCUAAAAAAACAAAUUCGUCAACCUGCACUGAGUUCCGAAGAUAAAUACAAGGUGCUUGAUGCUCGUGAUAAAUUAAUGCGUCUGAAACAAAAUAAACAAACCAGCCUGGCCACAGCUAAAAUAACUCAAGGCACCUGCCCUGAUAUGUGCCCUGAAAAAGAGCGUUACAUGCGAGAAUUUCAACGUCAACUAGCUACUUAUGAACAAAUGGAACCGGGUUCUUCUGAUUACAAAAUUAACCAUCUGACAGCUGUAAAGCAAUAUUCUCGUUCGUCGGCUGAUCAAGAAGAGCCUAUGGCACACGACCUUCGCCCUUUGAAAUCUUUGAAGAUGACUAUGAGCUAUUUACUGCAUGAGAUUUCAGACCUCUGUGAUAGUGACGAUGUGAGUCUGACUGAAUGGUAUCAUUACUUAUGGGACAGAAUGAGAAGUAUUCGUAAAGAUAUAACUCAACAAGAAUUGUGUUGUGUCGACACAGUUGAACUAGUGGAACAAUGUGCUCGAUUUCAUAUACUUUCCUCCGAGAGGCUGUGCGCGGAAGAAACAUCAGUCUUCGAUCCAAAAAUCAAUAGCGAAAAUCUGACAAAAUGUUUGCAGACACUGAAAUAUAUGUACUAUGACUUAAGAGAGGCAGGCAUAACUUGUAAAAAUGAACCAGAAUUCCGAGCUUAUGUUAUAUUGUUAAAUUUAAACAAUGGUUCUUUCAUUUCGGAUUUGAGCACGCUUCCUCCGAACAUUCAAAAAUCUGAUGAGGUGAAAUUUGCGCUAAACGUCUAUUCUGCAUUAGCGAUGGAUAAUUAUUCAAGAUUUUUCAAGCUAGUGAGGCAAACAACUUAUCUCAAUGGAUGUAUUUUAAUGCGUUACUUUAACCAGGUGCGCGUGAAAGCUUUGAACAUCAUGGUGAAAGCUUACUGUCGUACAUCAGCCAUCACAGAAUAUCCAUUAUACGAAUUAAUCGAUAUUUUGGGAUUCGAAGACGAAGACGAAGUUAAUCACUUUUGUAAUCAAACGGGGUUGAAAUGUGAUCGAGAAAAUCUGUACAUAAAACUUAAAAAAGACAAUUUUCAUCAUCCGGACGGUCAGAUCGAACAAGGACGAGCUUACAAUUUGAUAUUGUCUAAGAGACAAGCCAUCAAUCAAGCCGUUGGUCAAUGUAUAGCAGGUGGUGAAUGGCCAGAAAAAAUUCACAUCAAUCACGAACCUCAUAGUAGUUUUGAUGAUAAUGGCUACUUGUUGAGGGAUGCUUAUAAUGCUCAAGAUCAGGGUAAGACUGAUGCAUAUGAUAUGCUGGACGAGGAUGGUGACGUCGAGUUCUCGGAGGUCAAAGAAACAAAAAAAGUCGAGGAAAAGAAGACACCGAUUGUUAAUCAAACGAAUUCGGACUUUGCAUUCAAAGCGCAGCCAAUGCAACCUUCCACUUUUACCACUGCUUCUACAGCAAGUAAACCCAUUUUUGGUCAAUCUCAAUUUUCAACUCCGCCCAGCACCGCAUCGUUCAGAUCGCCCGAAAACAAAUCAUUCACGGCAUUUUCUACCCCGACACCAUCCGCAUUCUCGCAAUCUACCCAAGCAUCAACUUCAAUGUUUAAUUCAACGCUACCGCCUCAACCACAAUCAGCCAUUAUGACUCAAUUUAGUAACGCCAAUUCACCCUUCAACAUGGCCGUCAGCAAGGGCAUAUUUUCCGGCUAUCCCGCAUCUCAGACAAAUAUAUUCGCUGUGCAAUCCGCUUCAUCGAAAAUUACUACAAACGUCAGUAAUGCAACUAACGAGAGGCAAGACAAUAAGCGUCGUCAUGAAGAUAAAUUGAAUCAAAAUGAUUUGGAGGAAAAACGACGAAUGAUGGAUAGAGACGAGGAAGAAAGAAAAAGGCGCGAAAUCGAAGCCGCGAAAAAAGCCGAGUUAGAAAAACAACUCAGACUCGAACUUUUGAAUAAACGAGCUGUCGCUGAUUGCGAGAGAAUGCAAAAUGAGGUGCUUAAUGACAUGUGCUCGGAAAUCGUCCAAGCAGAAAUGGAGCGAAUCGCCCUUAUGGAUGCGUUGAGCUCAAAAAUAUUCAACGAUCUCGUUCAAGAGAUAUGCGAAUCUUUGCUCGACGAGCAGCUCUUCAUUCAGGACAUGCUGAUCGAGGUGGAACGUCGUACGAGAGAUCGACUGUGCCGCAAGUAUUUGCGCUGCUGGAGGCAGUGCAUCGACAAGAGGAGAUUGCACAGGAGGGAAGCCCUCGACAAUACGCCGGUUUGGCUGCAGAACGAGAGUCUCGAGGAAACUGCCAAAAAAAUGUACUGCCCCGAGAUGAAAAUUGCUGUUAAGUAUGCAAAAGACAACAGGAGGCGGAGUAAUCCGGAGGACAACAAUGUCACUGAUAGUGGCAGAACUCCAAAGCAAACGCCAAUCGAAUUCAUUGUAUGCGUGGGUCUCAAAGAAAAUGCGAAAAAUCUUGCCGAAGAGGUACAUUCCAAUGAUUACUGGAAAAUGGUCGUAUCGUGGCCUGUACUGGAAAACAAACUAAUUGUCUGGAGGCAUAAAAAACUCAUAAGCCAAUACUUGAGUCCUAGCGAUCCAACACAAGAGCCAAUCGUGAUUCAACACAAAUUCGCUGGAAACGAAAGUUUGACUAUGUGCAUUCGUCAGUUUGAGGGACUAUCGUUCGAGCACAGCCUAACAGGCACCGAUGCUCUGUUGCUAGUCUGCUGCGCAGACGAGGACAGUCGAUCGGUAGCUCGUCGACUCACCAAAGCUGUGGUAUCGCGCGAAAAAUUGCCUCCAGUGCCACUGGUUGUAUUGGUAUUCGGUGACGAUCAACUCGAAUGCAAUAGUCUCGACGUGGAUAGCCUUGUUGAACCCUUAUUAGAAUCUGGUCACAUCGGCGAGUAUACCGUAUUGAAAGAACGUUCCAGCAGUGAAGAAGUUGUCAUUCGAGUUUUGCAGAGUGCCACUCUCUGGUUAGCUAUCAAUCGAGCUUCACCAGUGCCAUUGCAGAUGGACUUCCUUCACAGAAUGCUCGAGGAUUGCAUAAGUGAUGAUCUGUGGCUCAAAAUUCAUAAUCACUUGGGAGCCAAUGAAAAGUUUAUUAAUCCGUUGAACGAUCCAAACUUUGUGAUAGAUCUGCAUAACGAAGCCAUCAAUCAUUUAGUAGAUAUUAUGCUUGAUCCAGAGUCACUUGCAUACACAGACUUUGCUCCUGAAUUAAAAAUCUACCUAGGUCAAAAUCAUUCACGAGCAUAUCCAUGUGGUUAUGAAUAUUUUGACAUUCUUUGGAAACAACCAGAAUACAGAGCCGAGCUUGAACGUCUGCUUUCUAGUUUUACUUUUCCUCGAUGGAAUUUCCCUUGGCCAAUCCAAGAUCCUCUUAAAUUGCACAAUGCCAUAUUAGCCUACAGUCGUCAAAUACUCUCGCAUGAAAGCUUAACCAUAGCUCGGGACGUUAUAAGCAAUUUGUAUCUAAUAUCUUCAUUUGAAGACGCUGAUUCGGAAAAUGAUGAAGAGAAUAAGAACGUGUGUCGACUCGACUGUUUUAGUGAAAUAUUAGUUCAUAUAGUGGAACGAAAGAUUGCAGAUUUGCCUUCAAAUGUUCGAGUUGUUUACAACAAGCAUCACAUACAGAAUUUCCGUAAAUUGCCCUGGUGGUAUAAAUCGAAUGUACUACUGAAUUAUCUCGAAAAUCAAGAGGAUGAGGGUGCUUACGAAAUUACUGAAGAAACAGAUCACGUUACAACAAGUCAGAUUGAGCAAAAAAAAUCAGUCUCUUCUGUUGCAUCAGAAGCAGAUGACGACGAAUUCCACUACGACUUUGAACUAAUAAACGAGUUGGAACAGAGUAUUCACGAAGUUCAAGUGGAACGACCAAUUCAAAUAAUGGAAGAUGAAGUAAAAGAGCAGAACGCAGAUUUCGACGAUAUGACCGAAAAUUUCGAACGUUUAUUAGAGGAGCAGCGUAAACGAAACGACGAAUUUGAAGCCAAGCUUAAGAAAAUAAUAGAAGAUGACGUUAUCGGUGGUACCAGCUGAUCUUUGGCAUUAUGUGUGCUUUGGUUCAGCAGCAAUAUUCAGUUUUUAUAUUUUUCUCGUGAUGUGACUUUUGCUAGAAAGUUUAAUUAAAAAUGUAUUGAACAAUUAAGCUUAAUUAUAGAUCGAAUCCAAGCUCAGGCUUGUAGAUUAGGUCAAUCUACGAGAGUGAAAUUUUAUGGACAAUUACUUUUAGGUUUAAUGAUGCAGCCAUUUUUAUAAUUUGCCUUUUUUAAUCGUGGUUUUGUAAAUACCAAGAUUUACCAAUACAAAAAUGUGCAGAAAAGCAAGACCUCAAGAAACAACAAAAUUAUGCCACCAUGCACAGAGUCAAGUAGUAGCUGUGCUACUAGUAAUUUAUGGUUAACAAAGCCUGGCAUGAGGUAAUGCAAAAGAAGUAUUCCUUAUCCAAGGAAUAAGAUUAAUAGGAGAAUCAUCUUGUGAAACUAUAAUUUUAUCAUAACCAAAAUAACUUUGGUAUUAAUUAUGUGUGAUUAUUUGUAAAUAAAUAUAAAUCGUAAAUGCAAAUGAA